AUGGUUAUAGAUUUGAGUUUUUUAUUUAAAAUUUGAAAAUUAAAACAAAAAAAUUCAAAAUUACAAUUAUACUAAAUGAAGCUCAAAUUUGUAAGUUGUAAUUUGUAAGAGAGAAUAAGAGAAAAGGGGAUCAUCGCUGCAAGCUAUUUAGCAACUAUUUGUCACGGGGUAGGAAGUUGGGAGAAGAAGAGAAUUUAUUAAGAUCACAAGGGAGUGUACAAAAGCAUGAGUACAAAGCCCCUCUCUGCACUCAUUCACCUAGUAGCUCACUCACUCUCCUCUGGCUAUCUGCCUUUUCUACUCAGGCCACCUCUAUUUAUAAAAGAGUUCAGCCCAAGAGCCCUCUGCAGGUAAGCCUCUAGAACACUCCACACAAAUCCCCUCACAUGUACAAUUGCUAGAACAUUCUCCAUUCUCCCUCCUAAGCCUACAUUAUUCUAGAAUUUCCUAUUCUAGAAUUAUCUACAAGGCCCUAGGAGAAACCCCAAGUUGGGCUUGGCCCAUUAAGCCCAUCCAGACCCUUUGUCUGGUACUGUUCAUGCGCUUAUCCAGAGCACUGUUCACGUCCUUAUCCAGAACCCUAUCUGGAACUAUCAUUGCGCACCCAACAGCUUCUAGAAUUUUCUAGGCUUCUCCUGUCUGCUGCUGGCAUGGCAUGCAUUAUGGAUGCCCUCGGCCGCUCCUACGCGCUCCAGCAUGGCUCAACCGCGACCCCAUGCCAUGACCUUGGCAUGGACGUUGCCAACUCGUGCAAGGCUCGCCUCUUGAGUGUUCCAUGUCGCACUCGCGCUCGUGCCCGUGCUUGCGCUCGCGAGUCCCAACACCUCAAGCCAUAUCACCCCCAUGCGAGCCAGCAACUCGACCUAGCUUGCUUGCGCAUGCACCCGUGUCUCGGCUCAGGACACUUUCGCAUGCCCACGCAUGUCGCCCUCGACUGCUUACGCACGCCCUCACGUGUCCUGUCCGCAACUUCACGCCACGGCCCCGGUAUCGACGCCUCCGUUGCCAAGGCCCGCUGCGUCUUGCACGAUCCACCUUGCACUUGCGUCCUCGUAUACGUAUGUGUCGUAGCCGCCACCCCAUGUCGCGACACCGACACCCGUGUCCUGCAUGCCCGCGUCCACGCUUCCGCUUGCACCUCCACUUGCGCCCGUGCUCGUGUCCGCACUUGCACUCCGCGACGCUGCGUUGCAUGCCUCUUGGACACUGGACACACCCCCUGUGUGCUCGUGGCUGCAACUCCGUGUCAUGAUGCCCUCGACUUCGGCCCCCGAACUCUCGUGCCGUGACAUGUCGCACAUAAUCGCUGCAAGGUUUUGAAUUAUGAAAGAAAUGGCUUUCGAUUCUUCCAAAUUCUCAUUCUCAAUCUCACGGUCCACAGAUGGGUUUACCCCGGUCAGGUAACACUUGGGUCUACACAAUUGGAAGUGGCAACAUCAAAGAACAGAAACAAAACACAACUUAGCUUCUUUUAUUUUUUUU